AUUAAUGUGCGGUGCUGUAAAAUGCUGCACAGCAAAACGAUUAAGGUAGCGCAGUGAGACAGAAAACUCGGAAUAACAACUUGAAAAACGUUUCUGUCCUGCAGGAAAAACAAAAUGAAGGAACUAGUGUCAAACAGUACAACCAAUAUAUCUCAAGCCAGGAAAGCUGUGGAGCAAUUAAAAAUGGAAGCAUACAUGGAUAGGAUGAAGGUAUCCAAGGCUGCAGCAGAUUUAUUGGCAUAUUGUGAUGCUCAUAUUGGAGAAGAUCCCCUUAUUAUUCCAGUGCCUGCAUCUGAAAAUCCCUUUAGGGAGAAGAAACUCUUUUGUACUAUCCUUUGAGUCACUUUUCAAUUAAAAAUGUCUUCUGCUAAAAUUUGGUAUCAGUGUUGCAUGCUUUUAGUUUUAGCAUUUUUUUUUUCUUCAGAUAUCAAUGCGUUAGCCUAUAACUACAAUAUUUUUAGAAGGUAGUGCAUUUUCUGGUAAAAAAAUAAAAAAAAAAUCCUAAAAAAUUCAAGGUAAUCUUUGUCUUUCAGACCAAUGUACAAGUUUAAUUUCAGUUCUUCAUAAAGAUUCUUUUGCUCUUAAUGAAAGUAUUGAGUACAGUAUCAAAUUGUAGAUAUCUUUGCCAGUCAUAGAUUUUUCUGAGACCUAAAUGAGUCAUACCAAUUCUUGAAGCUAUUUUUAAUGUUCUUAUUUUCUUUGGAAGGUGAAUUUAAUUCAUUUGCCUUUACAAAUUUAUAUCUAAAAAGUGUAGUGUGACCUUUCCUCAAGUAGCACUAUUUAGGAAAAAAUCCCAGUGAUUUACGAUGUUUGGAAUGAUCAGUCUUAUACAGUAAGUGGUGUUUAUAAAUAUGUUUUGUGAAGACUGUGAUAAACUUGACUACAAAAACAAUCUUAGUAAAGCAACGUUGUAACUACAAGCAAAAUGAAGAUGUAUAGCUACACACCAGGACUGCAUCAAUAAAA